GGGCGCCGGCUCCAUGGCGACCGGGUUCGGGGAGCCGGUCUACGGACUUUCGGAAGAUGAGGGAGAGUCCCGUAUUCUCAGAGUGAAGGUGGUUUCUGGAAUUGAUCUCGCCAAAAAGGACAUCUUUGGAGCCAGUGAUCCGUAUGUGAAACUUUCACUGUACGUAGCGGAUGAGAAUAGAGAACUCGCUUUGGUACAGACAAAAACAAUUAAAAAGACGCUGAACCCAAAGUGGAAUGAAGAAUUUUAUUUUAGAGUAAACCCGUCUAAUCACAGACUUCUGUUUGAAGUAUUUGAUGAAAACAGAUUGACACGGGACGACUUCCUGGGACAGGUGGACAUACCCCUCAGUCAUCUCCCGACAGAAGAUCCGACCAUGGAGCGACCCUACACAUUUAAGGAUUUUCUCCUUAGACCAAGAAGUCAUAAAUCUCGAGUUAAGGGAUUUUUGCGAUUGAAAAUGGCCUAUAUGCCAAAAAAUGGAGGUCAAGAUGAAGAAAACAGUGAGCAGAGGGAAGACAUGGAGCAUGGCUGGGAGGUCGUGGACUCGAAUGACUCGGCCUCUCAGCACCAGGAGGAGCUCCCUCCCCCUCCACUGCCCCCCGGCUGGGAAGAGAAGGUGGACAAUCUUGGUCGUACCUAUUAUGUGAACCACAACAAUCGGACCACUCAGUGGCACCGACCGAGCCUGAUGGAUGUGUCCUCCGAGUCGGACAGCAACAUCAGGCAGAUCAACCAGGAGGCGGCACACCGGCGCUUCCGCUCACGCAGGCACAUCAGUGAGGACCUGGAGCCCGAGCCCAGUGAGGGCGGGGACGGCCCGGAGCCUUGGGAGACCAUUUCUGAAGAAGCGAACGUCACUGGAGACUCCCUCAAUCUAUCACUGCCCCCACCACCAUCCUCCCCAAUGUCUCGGACCAGCCCUCAGGAGCUGUCUGAGGAACUGAGCAGAAGGCUUCAGAUCACUCCAGACUCCAAUGGGGAGCAGUUUGGUUCUUUGAUUCAGAGAGAGCCGUCCUCAAGGUUGCGGUCCUGCAGCGUCACGGACACGGUCGCGGAGCAGGCUCAUCUGCCACCGCCCAGUGCCCCAACUAGGAGAGCGCGGUCAUCAACUGUCACAGGUGGUGAGGAGCCAACGCCAUCAGUGGCCUAUGCACACACCACGCCGGGCCUACCUUCAGGCUGGGAAGAAAGAAAAGAUGCUAAGGGACGCACAUACUAUGUCAAUCAUAACAAUCGAACCACAACUUGGACUCGACCUAUCAUGCAGCUCGCCGAAGAUGGUGCGUCCGGAUCCGCCACAAACAGUAACAACCACCUAAUCGAGCCUCAGAUCCGCCGGCCCCGUAGCCUCAGCUCGCCGACUGUAACCUUAUCUGCCCCACUGGAGGGUGCCAAGGAUUCGCCCAUACGCCGGGCUGUGAAAGAUACCCUUUCCAACCCACAGUCCCCACAGCCAUCACCUUACAACUCCCCCAAACCACAACACAAAGUCACACAGAGCUUCCUGCCGCCCGGCUGGGAAAUGAGGAUAGCACCCAACGGUCGGCCCUUCUUCAUUGACCAUAACACAAAGACUACGACGUGGGAAGAUCCACGCCUGAAAUUUCCAGUGCAUAUGCGGUCAAAGGCAUCUUUAAACCCCAAUGACCUCGGCCCUCUCCCUCCUGGUUGGGAAGAAAGAAUUCACUUGGAUGGCCGAACGUUUUAUAUUGACCAUAAUAGCAAAAUUACUCAGUGGGAAGACCCAAGACUGCAGAAUCCAGCUAUUACUGGUCCGGCUGUUCCUUACUCCAGAGAAUUUAAACAGAAAUAUGACUACUUUAGGAAGAAAUUAAAGAAACCUGCUGAUAUUCCAAAUAGGUUUGAAAUGAAACUUCACAGAAAUAACAUCUUUGAAGAGUCCUAUCGGAGAAUCAUGUCUGUGAAAAGACCAGAUGUCCUGAAAGCCAGACUGUGGAUCGAAUUUGAAUCAGAGAAAGGUCUUGACUAUGGGGGUGUGGCCAGAGAGUGGUUCUUCCUACUGUCCAAAGAGAUGUUCAACCCCUACUAUGGGCUUUUUGAGUACUCUGCAACGGACAACUACACACUUCAGAUCAACCCCAAUUCAGGCCUCUGUAAUGAAGACCAUUUGUCCUAUUUUACUUUCAUUGGAAGAGUUGCUGGUCUGGCAGUAUUUCAUGGGAAACUUUUGGAUGGUUUCUUCAUUAGACCGUUUUACAAAAUGAUGUUGGGAAAGCAGAUAACUCUGAAUGACAUGGAAUCUGUGGAUAGUGAAUAUUACAACUCAUUGAAGUGGAUCUUGGAAAAUGAUCCUACUGAACUGGACCUCAUGUUCUGUAUCGAUGAAGAAAACUUUGGACAGACCUAUCAAGUGGAUCUGAAGCCCAAUGGGUCGGAAAUAAUGGUGACAAAUGAAAACAAGAGGGAAUAUAUUGACUUGGUCAUCCAGUGGAGGUUUGUGAACAGGGUCCAAAAGCAAAUGAACGCCUUCUUGGAGGGAUUCACAGAACUGCUUCCUAUUGAUUUGAUUAAAAUUUUUGAUGAAAAUGAGUUGGAGUUGCUGAUGUGCGGCCUUGGCGAUGUGGACGUGAACGACUGGAGGCAACAUUCUAUUUACAAGAAUGGCUACUGCCCAAACCACCCUGUCAUUCAGUGGUUCUGGAAGGCUGUGCUGCUCAUGGACGCCGAGAAGCGGAUCCGGUUACUGCAGUUUGUCACGGGGACGUCCCGAGUACCUAUGAACGGCUUCGCCGAACUUUAUGGUUCCAAUGGUCCUCAGCUGUUUACAAUAGAGCAAUGGGGGAGUCCUGAAAAACUGCCCAGAGCUCACACAUGCUUUAAUCGCCUUGACUUACCUCCAUAUGAGACCUUUGAAGAUUUACGAGAGAAGCUUCUCAUGGCCGUGGAAAACGCUCAAGGAUUUGAGGGGGUGGAUUAAUCGCUCCCCGCCCGGCCUCCGGGUGGUUGGUCGUCCAGCAAGUCCUGCUUGCACUUUUGCAUUUGCCUAACAACAGACUUUGCAGAGACCGGGUGGAAAGAGGAGCCGCAGGUGUGGCUCCUGGAGCUGAGCCUUCUCGAGCCUUCGCCCGCGACUUGCCCAGGUUCAGACGGGGGAGCCCAGUCCCAGGUCGAGUUCCUGCAUUUUCCACCACGAAUUAUCAACUGGUUGAUGUGUACACUAAUUACAUUUCAGGAGGACUUAAUUCUAUUUAUGUUGUGCCUCUGUAGGCAAAGCCCUUAAUAAAUAUUUUACAUACUUUAUAAUGACAAUGAAUGGAAUUAAUCAUCUACAGGUAUAGUAUUACAACUCAUGUUUACUUUUUAAAAUGAUUUAGAUCGAUUUUCAGAUUUUAUUUCAUUACAAUUAAAGAUGUCUCGUGUACUUGGAAAA